UAUCCUGUGACGUCAGCGGAAGCGUGCCGCCGCCGGAGCGGUGGCAGUCGGGGGCCCGGCGGCAGGGCAGGGGCGCUCCGGCGCCAUGAGCUCUUGGGCGGGCUGAACGCCCGCUGUGCCGGAAAAAUGAGUGGUGGGUUGGCACCAAGCAAAAGCACAGUGUAUGUCUCCAAUUUGCCCUUUGCUCUGACAAACAACGAUCUAUACAGGAUUUUUUCAAAAUAUGGGAAAGUUGUCAAAGUUACUAUUAUGAAAGACAAAGACACCAGGAAGAGUAAAGGAGUUGCUUUUAUUUUGUUUUUGGAUAAAGAAUCUGCACAAAACUGUUCCCGGGCACUCAAUAACAAACAGUUAUUUGGAAGAGUAAUAAAAGCAAGUAUUGCCAUUGAUAAUGGAAGAGCAGCAGAAUUCAUUCGCAGGCGAAACUACUUUGAUAAGUCUAAAUGUUAUGAAUGUGGGGAAGCAGGACACUUAAGUUAUGCUUGUCCUAAAAAUAUGCUAGGAGAGCGGGAGCCACCAAAAAAAAAAGAAAAGAAGAAGAGAAAGAAAAUAGUCGAACCAGAAGAAAUUGAGGAAGAAGAAGAAAGCGAAGAGGAAGGCGAAGACCCUGCUCUAGAUAGCCUCAGCCAGGCCAUAGCUGUUCAGCAAGCCAAAAUUGAGGAAGAGGAACAAAGAUGGACACAGACUGCAGGAGAAUCAUCAAUUUCGGAUGAUUCAAAACGUCCACGGAUUAAGAAAAGUGCUUAUUUCAGUGAUGAGGAAGAACUUAGUGAUUGAAAUAAUACUAUUUUAUAUACAUAUGUAUUUAUAUAAUAAUGUACAUUUUGUAAAGUGCUACAGGGUUAUCUGAAAUACGGGUUUGUCUUGGUGUUGAAGAUGUUUACUAAAAAACCUGUAGCAGUUGUAACCUCCCUCCAACCCCCAUUUUAGUUCCUAACACAAAAUCUUUGAUCUCUCUCAACUUCUGCCAUCAAGGCAACUGCUGAAGACAAUGAUGUGUUUCUAAAUUUAAAUCCAGAGAAAUAUCUGGGAGAACACUUCAUGCAGUUAGUGUCUAGACCUGAACCUGGGAGUGAAAUCCUUUUCAUUAGAGAAACUAAGAGGAGUUCCUCUUAGGAUCUCUGUUAGCACCACUGACACUUUAUGUAUUGGUCAGUUUAGAGCCUGUUUGGAAGCAGUGCUUUAGUAGUAUGUGAAUCUUGCCAUAGCUCCUCUGCCUAGGGCUGAUUUUCAGCCUUAGUCGUUGUGCUGGUCUUUUAAUUGUUUAUGCAGUUAUUUAAUAAAAUACUGUCUCGUAA